AUGUUACCACCUGACAUUAAUUGUGCUAAAGACACAAGAGACUUGUUAAUAGAUUGUUGCGUAGCAAACGACAUCUGUGAAAAAGACGCUAAAAAAACCAUUGCCGCGGAGCACGUUAUUAAUGCUCUUGAGGAGUUAGGUUUCGAUAGUUAUCUGUCCGAAGUAAAAGAAGUAUUCCAAGAACAUAAAAAAUUGCAAAAGGAUCGUGACAAGAAAAGUUCCAGAUUGGAAAAUUCCGGAAUGUCAGAGGAAGAAUUAUUAAGGCAACAAGAACUCUUAUUUGAGCAAUCACGUCUCAAAUAUCAAGCACAACAACAAUCUUAG